AUGCCAGUCUGGGCAUCUACCCAUGAACAUGCCAGUCUGGGCAUCUACCCUGAACAUGCCAGUCUGGGCAUCUACCCUGAACAUGCCAGUCUGGGCAUCUACCCUGAACAUGCCAAUACAAACGAAUGUGCGAGUAAUCCGUGUGUUUACGGCGCAUGCAUAGACGGCGUGAACAAGUAUACAUGUACCUGUCCACCAGGUUACACGGGCACAAAAUGUGAAUCAAUCAUUGACCACUGCAUGAACCACAACUGUUCGCAUGAAGCCAACUGCAUCAGCACAGUGUUGGACUUUGUCUGCGUCUGUACUACCGGUUACAGUGGAAAAUACUGCGAGCUAGAUUUUAAUGAAUGUCUGAGCUCUCCUUGCAACAAUGGCGGAAUUUGCGUCGACGUUUUUACCGGAUACAAGUGCGCAUGCGCGAUGGGAUUCAACGGGACUUUGUGCGAGACAAACAUAGACGAAUGCGUCAACCACGAGUGUCGGAACGGCGCCAUGUGUGUCGACGGUGUCGCAAACUAUACUUGCGCAUGCGCAGAUGGCUUCAUUGGCGCGCGCUGCGAGGACGGGAACGCCGUGAAUGAGUGUCUGUCCAACCCGUGCCGGAAUGGUGGCACGUGCACUGAUUUCAAGGGCUUUUACACGUGUUCGUGUUCGAUGUUGUUCACAGGCGUCACGUGUGAGCAUGCCUUAUCCAAUUCAAGCGCCUCCGGAUUGCUUCGAAAUCUGUCUCUGAGCAUCAACGAAACCAACUACCAAACUACUCUUAACUUGACGUUGAAUAUGACUUCGUUCGAAAUAAAUGUGACGGACGCCGACGUUAUCUUUGCUGUUGGCAUUCUUGAGAAAUACAUAAAUAAGUCGGAUGGUCAAAGAAAGAAAGAGGAUAUACAUUUGGCGCUGAAUAUUGUCAGCAACAUAAUGGGAACUGAUUCAGAUAUCUUAUACAAGGCACAAGAGUUCGACAAAGUGACCAACAGACUCAUCAAAGUCAUGGACAGUUUGACGUCAUCAUUCAACGUCACUAACGGAUCGGUAACAUUUGUUGGAAAUACGGUGGCCAUCAGAAUUAUUGAGCAAUCAGCAAACGUCCAAAGGCCUGUCAUUGGAUUCCAAUUUAAGUCAACGAAUUCAGAUAAGAUUUCUGAAGAAUCAAUUGAUGACGUCAAUUCCAACUUUGUUGAAAGCGAUGAAGAUGACAUAGACGUGGUUGUGAAGUUCGAUGAGGCGUUAAUAAAAGGGAAGAAGGCAAGAACAACAUUUCACGUCUACAACACCGUGAAUCUAUUUAAAGAACUGAACAGUACAAAAAAAAUGAACAGUAAAGUGAUUUCUGCGAAGCUCAAAGCGAAUGACAAAGACGUUACUGAGCUUGGAGCUAACAACGUUACAAUAAUCUUCAAGACGUUCGGAAUUCGCGGUGAACAGAAGUGUGUCUAUUGGAACCUCAGCCUCAACGGUGGAUACGGAGGGUGGCUCACAGACGGGUGCGCAUCCGUGCGUUCGGACAACGCCAAGAUCACAUGCGUCUGCAACCACCUUACAAACUUUGCCAUUAUAGUGAACCCGACAUUAGAUGAAAGUGUAGCUGAGAUUCUCAGUAUUGUGAUCAAGGUGGGCUUGUCCUUGUCCAUCGUCUGUCUGGGGCUUGUCAUAGUGGCAUUCCUUGUAUUUCGGCACCUUCGCAAGGCCAUGGGCCAGAAAGUGAUAGUGAAUAUAAGUGCAGCCAUUAGCAUCUACAACCUCGUGUUCGUGGCGGGCAUGGACAGGUCGAACACGUACACCGGAUGUAUCGUCGUGUCGAUUGAAUAA